GGAAUCAUGAUCCCGAUACUUGUUUUCAUCAAGAUCGAAAAGAUGAUGCCAAUGAUGAAGAAAAGCCAAUAGCAAAGAAUUUACAUAAUGAAUCCGCUCAAAUAGCACCCGGAUUAAGCAUUGUGGGUUUUGGAGGAUCAACAAAUGGUGUGAAGAGGGACUCCCCCGAGACCGUAAUUUGGCCAGCCUGUCCAAAAGAUACCGAAACUCUUCUUGCCGAAAGACUACCAACCUUAAUUGAGCAAGUUAAGGAUGAUGAUAUUAUCCUCGUGACACACUUUGGUCCAUCCAAGACCGGAACGACUGACGUGGAUAUGUAUCCAUUACAACCUUCUGAUGCGAUUGAAUCAGGAAGUAAAGUUUUACGCGAUAUGAUUGCUUCACGAUCUCCUUUAUCCCCGAAUGAAUCUUCUCAACAUUAUAUCACAAUUAACAUUCAUGGUCAUUCUCAUUAUCCAUUUGGUCUUUCGCAUGUUGGUCAAACUAUGAUUUUGAAUCCUGGUGCAUUGAGGGAUGGCAGGUUUGCUAUCUUGUCUCUUGUACAAUUAGAUAAAGAUAA